AAUGUCAAAAUGAAAAUACUGACGAAGCAGAUAGUCCUGAUGACUCACAGUAAUAGCACAGUGAUAAACUUUCUUUCUUACCCUCCCCUCCCUCCUAACUCCCUCCCCUCCCCUCAUCUCCUCUCCUCUCCCCACUCCUCGCAUUUUUUUGUCACAGGACAAUAUUACAUAACAGUGUUGUUUUUUUUUGUCGUUGUCGUGUUUUCUUGUCCAAAAUACGAGAAUAUGAUGGCUAGUUCUCCUGUAGCCUUAGUACAGGGUGCAAGCCGAGGGAUUGGCCUUCAGUUUUGUCGCCAACUUUUGGCAAGAAACUCAACUGGUUUGGUGAUAGCGACCUGUAGAGACCCAAGCAGUGCUUCAGAACUACAGGAUUUAGGGAACAAAUAUCCAACCCGCUUGGGUAUUUAUGCUUUAGAUGUGAAGAACGAAGAUCAGAUAAGUGAAGUCAAGAAAGAAAUCCUUUCAAAUCAAGUAAAAAAGAUUGAUUUACUUGUAAAUUGUGCUGGUAUUCUACAUCCAAGUGGUAAAGGCGAGACAAGUCUACGAGAAGUAACACAAACAGAUGUAUCUUCCACGUUCCUUACCAACACGGUUGGACCAUUAUUGAUGGCAAAACAUUUUGGUCCUCUACUUCUUAAAGGGGAUAGUUUAUUUGGCUCCCAACCAGGCCAGUUCUGUGGCAUUUUAGCUAACAUAUCUGCUCGCGUUGGCUCAAUAACUGACAACAAACUGGGUGGAUGGUACAGCUAUAGACUAUCCAAGUCUGCCUUGAAUAUGGCUACCAAAACACUAAGUAUUGAACUUGGAAGAGGACGAAAAAAAGUUGUUUGUAUCAGCGUACACCCUGGGACCGUGGACACUGAGCUUUCAAGACGUUAUCACAAGAACAUUGACCCGGCUAAGAUUUUCACCCCAGAAUUUUCUGUUCAAUCUAUGAUGGGCAUUAUUGAUGGACUUUCUAUUGAAGACACAGGAAAAUUCUUCGCUUGGGAUGGACAAGAGAUCUCCUAUUAAACCAUUAUCCAUUUUGCUAUUCCCAAAUGAAGACUUGAAUAGAAUGGGAAACGAAUGGGACACACUUGAAUUACAUCACUGUGUUUUUCUUUUUUCCUUUUCUAAAUGCAAUUGAUUUUUGGUAAAUGUGCAAUAGAGUGCUCACACUAAAUCCGUGAAACAAAUACUAAUUUUUAGCACUAAGUAGUGAUAAUUAAACAAUAGAAAACAAAGGAUUCUGUAUGAAAUAGUACUAAUUAGUACUAUUUAAUGUUCACGGUUUUAGUGCGUGCACUCUAACCGCAAUUCUCAUUUGCACAUAGGGAUUGGAAUCAUGAUUUCCAGCCAUGACAAGGGUUUUCGGUGGACAACAAAAUGUUUCUGUAACUUUGUUGGAAAACACAGUUUUCAAUGAAAUGUGCCAAUGGAAUGUCACAGAUUGAUUGAUGGGAAUAAAAAUAUGGGAAAUAACAAAAACAAAGACAUUA